AUGUCUCAACUCGUCGCCUACUGUUUCCCAAGGUCGGGCGACUCCCAGCACCACCCCCUCGAGCGCCGCGUCUCACGCGGCGGGGGUGAAAGCCAGUCGCGCGCCUUCACAUGGAGGAAGCUCGUAAGCUCUUACUGGUCGGAUUGGGUAUUCAUUGGUGGUUUGUGGGUCAUCUAUAUCUCGAUUUCGCGCAUUCCGGGGCACCGGCGCGAGUUCAGUCUGCGCGAGCUGUCGCUGCAGCACUCGUUUGCCGAACAUGAGCUCGUACCACCAAACAUGCUAAUGUUCGUCACGGUCGGAUUACCACUGAUCGUGAUGCUCCCUGUUGCGACAUUUAUCGCACGUAACGCUUGGGACGUCCACAAUGCCGUCUGUGGUCUGUUCAUGUCGUUUACAAUGGCUGGUGUCGUAACUCAGGCCAUCAAACUCAUGGUUGGCAGGCCGCGUCCGGACUUGAUCGCUCGCUGCCAGCCGCCUGCAGAUGCCCACGACGCGCCCGUGUACGGCCUCAGUAAUUGGAAGAUGUGCACCCAGAAGGACUUUUUCAUCCUCAACGAUGGGUUCAAGAGCUUCCCAAGUGGCCACAGUUCGCUUUCCUUCGCCGGUGUGGGUUUCCUCGCCCUCUACCUCGCCGGCAAGAUGCACCUCUGGGACGUCUACGGCAACCGGAACCGCGCCUGGUUCGCUCUCUCUCCCCUCCUAAUCGGCGCCAUGGUCGCAAUCUCGCGCACACAGGACAACCGGCACCACUGGCAGGAUGUCCUCGUCGGUUCCAUUCUCGGCAUGUGUAUCGCAACCAUUGCGUACCGGACAUACUACCCGCACCUCGCCCACUCGGCAUGCCAUCUGCCCAUGCUGCCGCGGGUGGCUGGCGACAUGGAGGAGGACGUCGACCUCGAGACGGGGGUGCGGCUGCUCAAUGACCAGCAGGGUAUCCCGCGCCAGAGCGAGGAGGAGGAGGUGUGGCGGCGCAGCUAG